GGGUGUUACUUCUGACGGUUGAAAACAGCGUACAGUAGGGAAAUGGCCAACUGAGAUAGAAGAAUGAUGAACAGUGUACACUGCUGUCUUCUUCUCGCUCUACUACAGAGUUCCGUGUUGCAUGCGCAGCAUCUCAAUAGCGACGGCAUCCACAUUGCCUGUGACAAGGACGUUGCCACGGUAACGUUAGACAAUGUUGUCCUCCAUCCCCAACAUGCGCAUUAUCUGACGCCGAGCGUUUUCUGCAGUAACGUCCUUUUGAACGUGUCCAUGCAGGGACCGUAUGGGUCGCGACACAACGUGUGGAGUGUAGAUGUUCACUACAAGCGCUCAGCGAGCUGCAUGUUUCACGUAACGCAGGACGGUUUCACUGUGUAUGUAGACGUCAGGCUUGGGGACGCUAUCGUCGGUUCGUACGUGCUGUCCUGUUCAGCGGGCCAUGGCGUCGUCCAGGAAAUACAGCACAGACAUGCGCGUCAAGUCGGAUCCUCCUCGCCGACCACGACGUCGUCAACGAUCACUACUGGCUCUACGACGAACGCUCGUUACGGCAAGUUCUUAUGGCAGAUGGUAUUUGUGUAG